AUGGCGUUUUACCUAGGCGAGCUUCGCGAAGUCCUGUCACAGCUCAACACGAAACGCGACCUGACCAAAUCGUCAUCAGAAGCCUUAAACGGCAUGAAGCGUCUGAAAACGGCCCUGGAUGAUCUUAAGAAGCUGACUAAGGACCACACGGAGUGCAGCCGGCUGUUCUUAAUCUUCGACACGGACAAAUUAGUCGGCGACUUGCAGCGGAUGGUUCAGGAGGUGGGUCACGAUCUGAACCUCAUGCCGGUCCUGAGUAUCAUGUCGUCGCUACCGACGGACGUCGCGAAUCGGCUGACAGACCUCCGCGGCCGAAUGCGGGUCGCGACGUUCGAUUCGGAGCCGGAAGUUGCGGAGCUUUCGCUGGCGUUGGAGGACGGCGUAACGAAGAACAGCAAGAAAGUUGCGACGGCGCUGGUGGAGCGCGUGUUGAAAUUUCUAGGGAUGCCGUCGUCGCAAUCGGAUGUGCUUAAGGAGGAAGUGCAGCGGGAUCUGCUUGUAGCGGAGAAGGAGGAGCGGUGGAUGGAUGUGGAUAAGCUAACGGAGUUGAAAACGCUCGUCAGCCUUGCGAGUAUUUCCAGUGAAGCGCCGAUCACGCAGACGUUUUCGCGGCUCGCGCUGCGGCUCCGGGAGGAGCUCGGGAUGGCGGUUCCGGAUAACUUUAAGUGCGCGAUGACGGGCGAAGUGAUGCGAGAUCCGGUUACCCUGGUCGAAACGGGUGACACGUACAAUCGCAACGCGAUCGAAAACUUUUUCGCGAAGGGGAAGCGCGUGUGUCCGAAGAGCGGGAAGCACCUCAAAAGCGUGGAGCUGGUCUGCAACGUGGAGAUCCGAAAGGGCAUAGAGGAGAGUUACGACGAGCUGAACCGAAAGACGCUGGACGAAGCCGCGCGGAUAAUAAGAGACGGUAUGGAGCAACGAGCGGCGGAGGCCGCGGCGGCGGCAGAAGCGAGAGCAGCCGCGCUGGCCGCGGGGGGGGAAGCGGCGGAGGCGAUUCUGGCGGAAGAAGCGGCAAAGGCGGAGGAGGAGCGGAAGAAAGAGGAGGAGAAAAAAGCGGCGGCGAAGAAGAAAAAGAAAGGUCCGGAGCCUCCGCCGAAAGAAGAGCCGAAGGAGGCGAGCGGAGGGGAGAGGGAGGAGGAGGCGGUGGAGGCGAUGGCGCAGCUGUCAUCGCAGGAUAAGAAGUACGCCGCGCAGCUCGCGGAGAUCGGCGCCGUGGUGCCGCUGGUGCGGCUGGUGACGGAGAGAGGCGCGGGACCGGUGCGGGAGGGCUCGGUGACGGUGCUGCGGAACAUUGCCAGCCUCGGAGAGGCAGAAUCGACGUCGAUAGCGGACGCGGGGGGCAUUCCCCCGGUGAUCCACCUGAUCACGCACGAUACAGCCGACGUGACGCCAGCCGUGCAGGUGAUUCUAGAGCUCUCGCGCUUCCCGGCGCUGCGGCAGGCGGUGACGGACGCGAUGGGGGUGGUGGAGAUGAUAAAGCUGCUCAACUGGCACCAGGAGGACGAGAAGGGCGCGCUGCUGGAGGCCGUGCUGGAGACGUACUGGCGCGACGACCCCUACGUCGCCAUUCAGAUGGCGUCCGUUGGCAUGUUCAAGCCGCUCGUCGUGCUGCUCGAACCAGAGCGACAUGGAGACGAGAAUGAUGAUGGCGGAUGGGGUCAUGACGUGGGGCGUCAACAAGGGUCCGUUUACCCGCUCAUCCUUGCUCCAUCCUCCCCACCCCUCUCAGAGAGCGACAUGGAGACGAGAAUGAUGAUGGCGGAUGGGGUCAUGACGUGGGGAGUCAACAAGGCCCACCGCGUCUCCCUCGUGCAGUGCGGGGUGCUCCCCCCCCUCGUCGCUCUUCUCAACGACGGCCCCCCAGAGGGCAAGGCCGCCGCGGCCAGAGCCAUAGAGCAUCUCUCCCACACCGAUCUCAACCGCAUGGCUCUGGCUAAAGCAGGAGUUAUCCCCGCGCUCGUUAAAGCCCUCGCUCGCGGGUCUGCCGAGGUGAAGAAUGCCGCGCAGGCGACCCUGGCGAAUCUGGCAAUGGACGACCAGGAUUUGGACGCGCUGGAUGAGGACGGGACAGCCGUUAGAUUGAUCACGAUGCUGCGUGCGGGCCCGCAGACGAACAGGGACUACGCGGUGAGAACGCUGGAGUGUAUGGCGAAGGAGAGCAAGUCCAUGCGGGCGGCGGUGAUGGAGGAUGACGGUGCGGUUACCGCUAUUUUCGAGGUGUUACAGGAGAGCGCGUCGCACUUUGCGGCGGGGAGCUUGCGGUCGUCGGCGCUGCUGCUGCUGGGGCACCUGUGCCAGGAGCACAACGCAGCUGAGAUGAUGUGUGCUCCCCCAGAAGUAGUCAAAACUCUUGCCACGCUCCUCGCGCGGCCGCUGCCUGGGGAGGAGCGGGAGGCAAUAGUGAUUGUUCUGGGAACCAUGGCUGGGAACAAGCAGAUGCGGCCGCUGGUGAGGGUAGAGGAGCAGGUGUUUACCCUCAUGCAGAAGUUCCUGAAUUUGAACCCGGGGGCGGGUCCUGCCUCGUCGUCAGGUCCGGGGAGCUCCAACCCUGCGAGCUCGGCUCGGUUGCAGGAGGCGAUCCUGUCUGGCUUGUCGAAGCUCGCCGAUCCUGAUGAUAUAGAAGCGCAGCAGAUUGUGGCUCGGCUGGGGGUGAUUCAACUGGCAGUGCAUUAUCUCAAGAUGGGGCCUGAUGUCAUGCGGAUCCCCUCUGCUGUGCUGCUUGGGAACCUCUCGCAUUCCACCCCGAAGCUAGUCGACCAAACCUCGCUCGACCGCAGGCUCGGCAAGGCCAUGACCUGGAAGCUCAACUUCUCCCGGUCCAACUCGCGAGCCUCUGCGAGCACCGGCGGGACAGGCUCGGGAGCCAGCCCUGUGACAACAGGAACGGACAAACUCCGAUCCUGCAAGGUGCAUGGGGGGAAAUGCAGCCUGGAAUCCACCUUCUGCCUCGUCGAGGGCGACAUCGUCCCGAUCCUACUGGAGCUGGUUCGGCGGAGCGAGGAUCGGGUAGCCGAGGUCUGCCUAGCCUCGGUGGCGACCCUGCUGGCAGACGAAGGGGACCACGAGAGAGCAGCAGACCUUCUAGUCAAACUAGACGUGAUCGAAGCGGCAGCGGGGGUGGUGGGACGGACCAAGGAGCUGACCAAGUGGGCGGUGUAUAUCCUGGAGAAGGUGUUUGCGAUUAAGAAGUACCGCGCGCCCAAGUACUCGCAGCCGGCGGUGACGGCGCUGGGGCGGUUCAUGACGACUGCCACGGGACAGGGCAGGAAGACGGCCGCUGAGACGCUCAUGCGGUUGAAUAUCCUGCCUAAAGGGUCGUUUGACCUCUAA